AUGAAGGACCGCUGGGGCCACACCGCUGCUGACGAGGCGCGCCGCGUGGGGGACAUGCCCGUCUUUGAAUACCUGGAGGCACGAGCGCAAGAGCAGCCCGCGCGCGACGCCGCGGCAGCUGCGGAGGUUGAGGAAGCGGCGGCUGCCGCGGCGGCGGCCGCUGCGGCCGGCGUGACGGCUUGGCCGGGCGGGCGGGCGUCUGGCAGCAGCGGCGGCGACAUUGAGAGCAGCAAUGGCAACGGCAACGGCAGCCGCAACAGCGACGGCGGCAGCAACAGCAUUGGGAAUGGAAAGAGCAACUCGAAGUACGGCGGCAGCGGCAGCAAUGGUAGCAGCGGCGGCGGCAGUGGCGGCAAGAACCGGUUUGUCGAUGUGGUGGCUGCGGUGCAAAAAGCGAUGGCCAGUGGCGAUUCGACCAGCUCUCUAUAUGACGACAUCGAGGUUGCAGAGAGCGCUGCGCCGCAGGCAGCGGCCGACGGCAACGGCAGCGGCGGCGCCGCUGCGGCCGCGGCUGCCGCGGGCGCGAGCGGCAACGGGCGCGGCCUCGGCAGGCGGCCUGGCAUCGGCUCGACGGGCCGGCAGCACACGCAGUACGAGCCGGUACAUCGGGCAGUGGCGGUUGGGCAUGCCUGGUCGGUCGUGCUGCCGCCCUCUGCUCGCGCCACGGCCGCCAACGCGUCGCGGCCGAGCAGCGCGGGCGGCGGCGGCAACGGCAAAGCGGCGGGCGCGGGCCCAAGCGGGGCCGGUGGUGGCGGCGGCCAAGGGGGCGGGCCCCGCGCUGGAGGGGGCAAGGGAUAA